AUGCAAGAACCACGGUUCAAGUGCCAUGGUUGGUACCCUUGUGCUUGGGCAGGUACCACUGAUAUUUACCACAUUGUUCCGGGUUUACUCUCUGUCUUGUUGAUCAAUGUAAACCAUGGUACAAAGUAUGUCUACCAUGGAAACAUUCUCGUAAGUUUAUGAAGAGGAAGAAAUGUUCAUAGCUCAAACAUGAGUCAUGUUUACUAUAAGGAAGUAAUGUAUUUAUGUCUCAUGUAUUGAAACAGGUUUUAUGAGAGAUCACCCUGAAUAAACUCAUGUUCCAGCUGCUUUUUGGUUGUACAGUACCAAUUUGUUGUCUUGUAAAAUAGUAAAGCGUGAGAGAUGGUAAAUUUUGUACAAUUUUUACCCAAGGUUGAGUGAUAUAGUUGUGUGGUUGGGGUGUGAACUUACUAAGUUAAAAAUACAUAAAUAAAUAAAUAUGUCUCAGGUAGCUAACGUCAACAAAGCUAACUAGCCGGAUAUCUAUCAAGCUAGCUCAUGGUUAGCUUGCUAACUGGUUUAGUUGCGAUUUUACUGUUGGUUUGACGUAAUUUAGAGUUUCAUUUUUACUCAUAUAACACCCUGAUGUUAUCUCUACAUAUUUAACAUGCUUCGGUCUGUUUGGUGGUGUUUUCAAAACGUAUUUCCUCAUAUUUAAGUGCUUGUACGCGCAUAAUUGAAUUUGGCCUUCAGCCAAGAAACCAAACGCUUCCUUCACAGGGGAAAUCCAACUAUUUAGAUUAUAGAUUACAAUGUGAUUUAGUAUAUGCUUUUUUCCAGAGCGACGUACAUAAAAAUCAGGGGGGAGUUGAACUGACAACCUUUCUAGUUGUUAGAUGACCACUCUGCAAGUUAACCAAAAAAUGUCACUUUCAUUUACUGUUUGGUAGCUCUUCUUCCCCUUCUGUAUAUACCAGUUUUCUCUGAGCAGGUGAGGAAUGCUUCAAAUACUUUUCUGUCACUACAUUUAUGUAAAUAUUUUCACUGAAAAUGUCACAGAAUUAUUGUUUUUGUGAGUAAAUGGCUGUUUUACACUAUUAUGGAACAGAAAAAUGCUUAAAAGCAGCCACAAAGCUCUUUUUAAUCUCUUUUUUUGCUAUGUUGAGAGCUCUUAUUUGCAGGUUAAUUUUUAAUAAAGUUACUGAUAAACCCAUAAAAGCUGAAUUGUACUUUUGUUUUGCUCAUGCGUCCAACAGCUUGAUCAAAUUUGCAUCUUAACCGACUCCUUCAUGCUUCACGGUUAGGUGAGAGCGGCUACAGGAGCCCAGAGUGGACAUGCAGUUUUAACCAACUAGAUAAAAACAGUAGAUUUCAUUGAUUUGUGCAAGGUAAGUCAUUUUUUUGUCAGAUCACUUUUCUUUUAUGUGACUCAUGUGUCCUAAAAUGGCAUGAUGUUAUAUCCUGACUCCCCAGGAAAUUAUUCUGUCUUGUGAUAAAUUGGAAAAAAAAAAAACAGCUGAACUUACCCCUUAUCACUGAAAACUCUACAUUGUUUGUUUAGGAUAUAAUGUUAUAUUAUUUAGAGUUUGGAGCCUAAACAGUUAUAAAAAUUGUCUAGAAUUCAAAAAGUGUUCCAAUAAUUUCACUAAAGUUUUCUGUUUUCCUUGUUUAGGAUCAGUUUUUAGGAUCAGUGAAAAUGCUUGAUAUUGUUUUCUCUUUCUCUUUUUUAACAGAUGUCAAUCUCCUCUCCUUCAUGAUCUGCCAACCAGGAAGUCAAUCCAGGUGUGGCACAAGUCCUCUGGCAGCUUGUUCCUCAUUUCUAGUAGUGCAGCAGUGCAGUCAGGUGAGUCAGAGCAGCUCAUGUUUUUCUUUGACACUUAACUUCACUUUAUUGACAGCCUCUUUGCCUGUCAGGUGUGUGUACUAUCGAGGAAAAACUCAAAGUGGACCAGAGUGUGAAUAAAUGUCGCCUUGAACAUGUUGGAUCAGCGAGGGAAUGAGACCAGAGGGAGCCACAUCCUGCCAGCGGGAAACUUCAGCCAGAAUGACAAAGGUCGGUUUUCACAGCUGAUAUGCGAAAUCCUCACUUCUUUAUGCUUUCAGAUCUUUAAUUACUUGUUUUUGUUAUGAGGCAACAAAGAAGUUUAACUUUUAGAGUUAAAUUAGUCACAUUGUUGACUUUAGGUAACAGUGAUAGCAGAGGUAUUCAGUCUGUCACAUAAACCAAAGUUACUACACUGUGAAAAUCUGCACUUAAAGCUACAAUGGGGAGUUUUUUUAAGUGGAUAAAGAGACUGAAAUUAAUACUGAUGCCUAUAAAUAAUCCGCUAAAGCAAACAGGACCAUCAUUCAUAAGACUGAUUAUAUCUGUGUAGUCAUAGAGAUGCUUUGAUGCUUAAAAUCAUUGGUGGGGGGUCGAUGUCAGACAAAUUCACUGAUUUCACGCUGCUGUAAAAGCCUUAUUUUAAAAUAAAGAUUGUUAAAAGAGAUUCUUAACAAACAUACAAGACAAAAUCAGCAAAAGUUUUGUCCACAGGAGGGCGCCAGAAUCAACACAAACCAAAAGUUACCCACAGGAGCCAUAGAAACUAAAACUAAGCAACAGUUUAUACAGGUGCAGUUCAAAAAACUUGAAAUGUCCUGUAAAAGUUCAGUUUUUUUCCUUUUAAUAUAAUUCAAAAGGUGAAAUAAGAUUUAAAAAAGUGUCUGCAAUUAUUUUAAAUUUCUCAGGAUAAACAAAGAUGGCGCUUUUACUAGUGUUUGCCGUACAUUUUUGAGUUUUUACAUGCUUUACCUGACUCAAACUGGAAGUUAAAUCUUAAUAGUGCGUCAUUCUCUACAGGGCCACCAUUCUUUUAAGCACAAACUAUAUCACAAUUCAUAUCACAACAUUUCAUUUUCAUUUUAUUCAUGAUGAAAACCAUGAGUAAUUCUCAACUGUUUAUUUUUCCCCUCCCAGUUUGUGUUCACACUGAUCCCAGGCCGCCUGAAUUCGUCCACGUCUUGCAUAAGAAGAAUACAGUAAAAGAGCUGCUCAUGAUGAAACGCCAGGUGAGUCACAGGUGGAACAAGUACCAACACGUGAGAAGACAAGUGUAAAAUUUCCAGAUUGGAUUUCCUAGAAAGUGCGUCAGGUAGUUGCAUAAAUUUGUGUUUCAUAACUUUGAGUGUUGUUGCUUUAAUUCUUAUAUUUCACUCUCUUUUAGAAAUGGGCCUGUUCCCAGGACAGCAGCUCAGAGCACCAACCGAAGUUCCCAAAGUCCGACACCUUUGCCAGUGACACGAGUCCUCCUCCUCCUGGCCCUCCAGUUCCACUAAACUCAACCGUUAUUAGUAAUUUUUCCUCCAUCGCUCCUGGAAAUGGUCCAAUUCACCCUCUGCAGGGACAAACCACUCUAACAGAUGCAGUCAAAAUAUCUUUGUUUCACUGGCAAAUACAGAAGGAGGCUCAGAGGGUUGGAGAAGUUUCUCCUGAGCUGCUGAACGUGCAGGAUUCAGACGGUGACACGUAUGUAUCCAAAAAGAAAAUGUGAAAUAUCAGUGUUCAUAAUACCUUAGAAAUAAAGCAGAUUCUAAUUUAAAAAAGCUAGUGAUGGGUUAUUUAUUGUGAGCUAAACACAGCAAAUAAAUAUUUAAGCUUGAAAUGAUUACUUCAGUUAUAAAGUUAAAGUGGAUAAACAAAUAAAACUGAACAUUUCCCUGCGUCCAGGAUGCUUCAUAUCGCCGUAGCACAAGGGAAACGAGCUCUUGCUUUUGUCCUCGCUGGAAAAAUGUCCAGUUUUGGCUCCUUGGACAUAAAAGAGCACAACGGACAGGUACGAAGAUUUAACAAUGCUAAAUGUGUUUUUAUCCUUUUUAAGUUUUAAGAUAUAACGUCUGAAUUGUUCACAGACGGCUCUUCAGAUCGCUGCUGCCACCAACCAGCCCUUCAUCGUCCAGGACCUGCUGGAACACGGAGCCCAAAUCAACAUCAGGGACCUGUGGGGCCGCUCUCCUUUGCAUGUGUGCGCAGAGAAAGGCCACUUUCUCACUCUUCAGGUACAAAUUUACGACACCUAACCGAAAGACACUUGGGUUUUUCAUCUGAACUGAUGACUCUCUUUGGACUUAGACCAGAGACAACGCCGCUUUGCUGCCGUCAUCUGUUUAUGGGUCAGCGUAAGAAUAACAAACACAAGUCUGUCACCAUGCAAAGAGGUGUGCAGCUUAUCUGGCUCGUUAAUUUACAACUUAAUCACACCUCUGUUAAUGCAAAAGCCUGUUUUUUUAGGUCAAUCAGGUGGAUCUUUGCUGCAGACUUUGUUAAAUAUUAACCCUGGAUUUUUAUCAACACAGCGCUCUUAAAAAGUGAAAAUAAAUGUCUGUGUUUUAAACAUAAAGUCACGUGUAGUUAAACCUCAUCUCUGUCUUGGUUUGUUUUCCUGAAGAGCAUCUGGAGGAGCUUGAUGGGAGGCAGGAAACCAGUUGACAUUGAAAUGUACAAUUAUGAGGGUGAGCGUACGUCAUACACUUUGAUCUCGUAUUUCUGAAUAGUGAAACGUCUUUAUGACUGAGAGUUAAUGUUCUCAACCUGCAGGUUUAACUCCUCUUCAUACUGCAGUCUUGUCCCACAACGCCGUCAUCAGAGAGCGCAGGAGUCAAGGUAACUCCUGCGCUCUCAGGGUGAUGGAGCAGACACAGAGGAGGCAGAUGUUUGUGGAGUGUAUUAAAACUCUGCUGCUUAUGGGCGCCUCCUAUAGGACAAAGGUGAGUAUAGAGCAGGGGUGGGCAAUCGUGCGCCAUGGAGGGCCGAGAGGCUGCAGGUUCUCUUUCCAACCCAAAACUCCACCAGGUGAUUUCACUGAUUAUCUUACCUCCAAGCGGAGAGCAGGGACUAAUCAGUGAAAUCACCUGGUGGAGUUUUGGGUUGGACAGAAAACCUGCAGCCUCUCGGCCCUCCAUGGCACAUGAUUGCCCACCCUUGGUAUAGAGUAUGAUACAAAUGCAUUUAUAUAUGGGCAUAUAACAUGGGCGUAUCCAAACUGUUCUUGAUCCAAAAUUUAACAUUUUUAACAUUAAGGUUUGAUUCUAACAGGAUCUAAAAAGUGGGCGCACAUGUCUGCACAUGGCAGCUGAGGAGGCAAACGUGGAGCUCCUUCACAUGCUCCUCGAUGAGGCGUCUUCACUGUCGAUGGUCAAUGAUAAGGUGAUUUUUUUUCUUGUUUAAAGAAACCCCAGUAUGAUUAGAAUAACUUUAAACUCGUGCUCUAUAAGAUGUGCUUCUGUGUGUUUCAGACGUUCAGUGGAAACACGGCCCUGCACAUCGUCUGCUCUUUGAGGAGCCUCAACACUCAGGUGGAAGCUACAAAGCUUCUGAUGAAAAAAGGAGCCGACCCCGGGACCAGGAACUUAGAAAAUGACCUGCCGUCUCAACUGGUACCUGAUGGACCUGUUGGUGAAAAGGUAGAGUGUGUAAAUGUGUCAGUGAUACUUCAGUCACCUCCUUUUACACCUCUGGGAUAUUUGUUCAUGUGAUAAUCUGGAUUUAACCUUUUUUUUCAGGUGCGGAGGAUCCUGAAAGGGAAGUAUUGUCAAGCUUAA